AAGAUCACUUUUUUAUUCUUUUAGGCAACUCGUAGUCUGUGCUCUAGCUGUUCUAGCAGAGGAACGGAAACCUUUGGAAUGCCUGGAUGCAUUUGGAGCCACUGGUAUAAUGGGAUUACAGUGGGCCAAGCAUCUUGGAAAUUCCGUGAAGGUCACAAUUAAUGACUACAAUGAAAACUCUGUAAGAAUGAUACAGGAGAACUGUCACUUAAAUAAAAUGAAAGUGGUGAUGAACUUCAAAGAGGAGGAAGACUGUGAUGAAACAAUAGAAGAAGGGGAGGAAAACUUGCCUGCCAUUGAGGUGACAAAAAUGGAUGCCAAUGUCAUCAUGCACUUGAGAGCAUUUGAUUUUAUACAUCUUGACCCAUUUGGGUCAUCAGUGAACUAUCUAGAUGCAGCUUUCAGAAAUGUAAGAAACCUUGGAAUUGUGUCAGUGACAUCAACAGAUAUCAGUUCUCUCUAUUCAAAGGCACAGCAUGUGGCCCAGCGUCACUAUGGCUGCAACAUUGUCAGGACGGAGUAUUUCAAAGAACUGGCUGCUAGGAUGGUAGUUGCUGCUGUGGCAAGAGCUGCUGCUCGAUGCAACAAAGGCAUUGAAGUUUUGCUCGCUGUGGCUCUCGAACAUUUUGUCCUAGUGGAGGUGAGAGUAUUGAGGGGGCCGUCUCCUGCAGAUGAUACUGUGAAGAAAAUCCGGUACCUGCUCCACUGUCAGUGGUGUGAGGAAAGGGUAUUCAAGAAAGAUGGCAACAUGAUAGAAGAGAACCCUUACCGGCAGCUCCCUUGUGACUGCCACAGCCGCAUGACAGGCAAGACAGCAGUGGAACUUGGUCCUCUGUGGUCAGGAUCCCUCUUCAACACUGGAUUUCUCAGAAGAAUGUUAUUUGAAGCAGUUCAGUAUGGUUUAGAAGACAUCCAGACUCUUCUAAAAACACUAAUAUGUGAAGCAGAGUGCACAAUUCUCAAGCAGUUUUCAAUCCAUGGUCCUACCAGCCAGAACAAACAAGAAGAAUGUGGUGUGUUUAUUAAGACACCAGAUACCGCAGCAGAUUACUACGUUGUACAUGGAAAAAGAAAAAAUAAUGAAAACAACCAAAAUGGAACAAAGCGCCAGAAAUCAGAAAGCAAUGCUGAGCAUCCUGCCUUUUAUUACAAUAUUCACAGGCACAGCAUUAAAGGAAUGAACAUGCCAAAGUUAAAUAAGUUCUUGCAUUAUCUCUCUCAAGCUGGCUACCGAGUAAGCCGGACUCAUUUUGAUCCGAUGGGUGUUCGAACUAAUGUCCCCCUGGCGCAGUUUAAAUCUAUCCUUGUGAAGUACAGUACACCCACAUAUAUGGGAGCGCAAUCGGAGGGCUCUCUGCAGGCUUCUGACGAGUCUCAGAUCUAUAAUAUUUCCUAAGAGGAGGACAUAGCUGGGAGCUGAGGGGGACUGAGGGUGUGGGUGCAAGCAUUACCAGCACCUGUUAAUAAAGUGUUCUAUUCAGCUGUGA